AUGCUGGAUUUGCUUCCACUGAUGCUCAUAUUGUCCGUCGUUAUGCCCCAAGUGGAGGAGCAGCCGGAGGUGCGACUGACAGGCAGGGAGAGAAAACAUGCUUAGCGGCGCAAAUGAGGCGCGCGCGGUAACCUCGCACUCGCCUCUUGCGAGAUGCCGUUCACCUAUGUUGUUGAGUGAAGACCAGACGUCGGCAUACGGUUUGGGCUACUUCGUGAGUACAAUUACUACUCCUGGAUACUGAUUGGCCCGACCGGCAACUCGGCCUUCUUGCUGUAUUGUCUGCACCAGACUGACUUUUGUAGGAGGCACUCCUUGCCGUGAGCUCAUUGUGGAAGAUGGCCAAGGGCAGAUCUAGUUUCCGUUGACUGUGCUGACGCGAGCACGCAGCGGUAGUGAGGGGGAAGAACGUCAGCUCCGAAGAAGAUUACAGUGUGAUCACUGGCACCCAUCGGCAUAAGAUAUUGCAGAUCAAGCAUACUCACCUCAUCUAGGGUUCGCAGCUGAUCAACGCAGUUUGAAAGUUGUCUUUUUCUAGCAUGAGUUCCCAGAAUUACAUUCUAAAGCAGUAGGUAUUCCGCUGCCGUUGUCACAAUUUGCGAUACUACUAACUGAUCCUUCAUCUGGCUAGCUGUCUGGAGAUUUGCUGCCGUUCCUGAACCAGGCAUCCCUCCGCAAGAUAUUGUCCUCGUGUGUUGUCAAGUUGGCGCCAGACGCCGGCACACGGUUUGGGCUACCUCGUGAGUACCAUUACUACACCGGUUACCCGACGUUUUCCUCUGCUGCCUGCACCAGACUGACUUUCUUAAGCGGCAUGCCUUGCUUCCUUGGUUUUACUGAGGCGAUUUCCUCUAAGAUGUUACGCAAAGCUAAAAUGCGCUCACUUAUCUUCCCGUCUAUAAAACUAAAUUAAGUUUUUAAAGCAAGCAUAGACGACAGAAUUUAUUGGAACCAAUAAAUUGUGCGACGGCUUAUCAAAUGCAACCUGUCGUUGCAUAACACAGAUAACAAGGGAGAAAGAUACAGAGGCUUCAACUUCCACUUCGAAAUUGUUAGCUUAAAAUGCAUUUUUGGCGGAUCUACAUAUUCGAAACGACAUAAAAAUACUGGGAGAUCCACUGGGGAGCCGAACUGCUCGCAUUUGCGUUAUGCAGUCGGAGAGACAGGGACAAGACGUAUUUCUGGGCUUUUCAACUUACAUUUGGAGUCCCUGUUAAAUGGCGCCAUUUACAUUAAUACAUUUAGCAUGAGAGCUAGUUGUUAACACAGUCUUCUCGCAACACCUUGUUCAGUGCUUCGAUAACAGAUAUGCAUUUAUUGCAUAUUACAAAGAUUAUCAUCGGUCAAUCCAUCCAUUGUCAGGAUUUAGCUAAUUAAAACGUCACAACCAGUAGGUAAAGACCGCAUUCGGGAUUAUACAAUAUUUCAGUAGGGAAAACAGAGUUAACCGCUGACGAAAUUUGCAGUAGAUGCCAUCAAAAUCGUAGGAGGAUCCAAACUGCACUAUCGCCCUCGUCGUCUGACAAGCCAUUGGAUGAUACUCGUGUCUGCCGGAAGGAUAUCAAUGCAGCAGAGGCAAUAAGGCCUUGACGGCUGCCAUGACAAACUGAGCGCCUGUGGAAAGUGAGGAACCCGCAAGAAGCCAAGCUUUAGAAAUACUCUACUGCCAAGAAGGCCAUCAGGAAGAACACAGGCGCUCGUGAAAGGCCUAUGGCGAACAUGAGUAAACACCAUAAAGACUACAGGUAGAACGUUGAGUAUGUGCAUCCGAGCAGAUUAUGAAACCGGCAAAAUUUGAUAUCCGCGAAUGUCAAAUGAAAGUAGGGUAUCUUGAUAAUGAUACCUGCAAGUAAUAGGGCAUCAAAUUGCAGACCGCCGGAAGGAUACUUGUCCACGCCCCUUGACUCAAUCUCAUUGCAGAUACGAAUGCAAGUGGUGACAUUUGAACCCCAGAGACGCUAAACAACCUGGAAUGAGGACAGAAACUUGGUGGUGCUGAGCAACCAUGCCGUAUAUUUCAACUGCUAACAGAUACAAUCCGCUCUCUGCCCAAAAAAUUACGGAUGCCAACGGAAAGUUAACCCCGAGUUUGCGUGAAUAAAAGUGUGUGCCUCGUCCUGCGGGCAGCCCUUCCCUGAUGCAUUCGGCCGAAGUGCGUUACGGAGACAGGAACCACAAAGGAUAAGCGGUCUAAAGCGGAAAGAGCACGCGACCACGCCGGUCGCAGCAGACAAGGCCAGCUGGAAAAUACACGCGUGAAACCGGCCGGCCAAUCAACGCGCGCUGCUUUGCCGAAUAUUCGUGAAGCCCUUUCACAGGCGUGCGGCGCAAAUAUCCAAGAAGAUUCCGCGAGCGGCUUCCAACGUGAGAAAUGGCCAAUCAACUUGCGACAUGUCAUAGGCCAGAAUAUUCCAGAAUACCCACCACGAUUGACAUGCCAUUAGCCGGAAGGUUCGAGAACUGCCAAAACCCCAAUAAAUGAGUGAGAGCUGAUGAAUUAAGGGGCCCGCCCUUUUCCGCCGACCUAGAAUAAAGUUGUCGUUUCUUGGGUUCGCCUUCCGCCUCCUCCAUCGCAGCUGUCGGGAUAGGACAUAAUGCAUAAACUCCGGGUUACCAUGACGAUAACAUGGAAGACACCAGACAAUGUGCCUCCGGGACAGUUAUUUUAUGAAUUGUGUUAUGACUCGAAGGAAAGGUGGAAUAGAAAGGGUGCCAGUCCGGAGAACAAGUACUCUAUUGACAGCCUGCGAACACGAGGGGUUCCAACUCGUCAGAAAUGCCCUUGUUUAUGUCGGCUCCUUUGCCUUAAGGAAAAUUUCGACCAAUGGUGUGCCGGCCGUGGAGGACGUUUUAGAACGCUCGUGCGCAUGGCGUUCAGGUCGCGGAUUGGUUACCGCGUGCGCGAGAAUCCCCCGCGAAAAAGUCUCGAAUGUUCGACCAGCCACGCGUGAGCAAAGCCACCACAUGUGCGCUCGGCGCUGCGGUAUCACGCCGGUCGGCCGCCUAACCUCACGCGUGUAUCACGCCGCCGACUUUGUCCUCUGUUCAGCGCGCGCUCUACAUAACAAAUUGUGUCGCAACACUUUCGGAGGUCAGAUGAAGCCACAAAACUUGGAAUAUCCGCCAUAUCUUUAGCCAAGCCUCCGGGGACGAUUUGCGCUCAAAUACGAACCACAAAGACCUACGACACCUGUUGUACGGUCCGCGUCGUUGUGCUCGACUUAGACGGGGGCCAGAAAUGCGAGAACUAAAUGAACUGCCUACGGUUGAAAGAACUCGACUACAUAACUAGACCGGGUCCGAUUUCGCAAACGGCGGAUUUCUACUGAAAUAGGAAUUACAAAGGAAACCUCAACUCAUCGGUGGUAUUGUCCAGCUUGAAAUCAAAAAUUUGGUAUAGAAUUGUACUUUUUGUUCAGCUUUCCUUCACUGACUACGCCCGUUACCUUUUGAAAGCACAUUAACUUUCCAACCAACCACGCAGUUUUUAUCCGCAUGUGGACUGCUGCGAUUUGGGGAUGUUAACAUGAUAAGCCGAAUCGUCUCAUUAUCAAAGGGCCGCCGUCUCUCACCGUUUGCAUUUUUAAAGAGUUAAAAAAUCGAAGUCGGUCCUACAACACUAUACAACGCGGAGACCAACAGCACUUAAAAGCAGCCACCAAACCAACAUGUGGUAUGACCAUUUCUGAAAACAUUUCCGCUCACGCCUUGCAGCACCAGAAGCCCUGACGAAAUAGGCUCAGAUGUUUUUUAGCUGCAAAGCCGGUUACACCCUCAUCCUGCCUGUCAUCCCAGCAAAGUUCACGAGACAAUAGCGUGGGCCGGAUAGCUCAGUCGGUUAGAGCAUCGUGCUAAUAACGCGAGGGUCGAGGGUUCGAGUCCCUCUCUGGCCAUGAGUUUUAGCUUUGCGAACCAUUUUGAAAAUUUGUCAUCUAAAUGCGCUAUAAAUCUUGCCUGUUCUCGUAAACAUCGCGCCAUUCCCUUAAAUUUGCAAUGUGGAGGCUCUGGUUUUCACUCAAAUGCCUUAAUUCUGCUUGCAUAUCGUCGGAGGUCAAAUAACUCAAACAAUUAGGAACACUAUGAAUGGACGCGGGCUGGUCUGCUCGACUUCGGACUAACCUUUCGUCGACAGAAAGAAGGCAGUCAUUUUUAAGUAGCACUUGUUAGUAGUCUCUCCGGAACAGGAGUCGCACUUCCGCUAAAACAGUGCCCUGCAAAAUGCCAGUAUCACCGGCAUUUUCUCAGAUUGAUUAGAAGAGACUGAAUUCAUUCCGAACAAGACUAUGGAAGCAACUGAAGCAGGCUUGGUGGCUUUGCCACAAUUUGGUAAGAUGUGGUUAUGUAACCUCACCUGAUGGAUGCAAUGCUGUUAGAGUUGGGAUUAGGGGUUAGGCUUAGGGGGUUAGAGUCAGGGGUUAGGAUUAGGGCAACUAUUUAUCAACCGCUCAAAGUAUAACUACGCAUUCCCAAUGGUUUUUCUUUUGCAUACAACUACUUGACCUCGUUGCCUGUGCGUUCCCGGGCUCCACCUGUAAAACCCCUAUUACCACCGUUCCCGUGUUAGAGGUGACUGGGAUUUGUUUACUUCAGGUGGGGCUAAAUAAUCAAGUCCGACCCCAUCUUCCUGUCUAGUCAUGAGGACAGCUAGGAAAAAUAGCUUGUUACACUGCUCCUGUUUCAUUGUUAAUUUAAUUUUAGGAUUGAGACUAUUCAUGGCAACGAGUAGGUCUUUGGCUUCCUUGUUGUUAUCAACAAUAGCAAAAAUGCCAUCUACAUAUCUUUUGUACAGUGUUUUCAUACUCGGUUUAGCUGAAACUUUUCUUCUAAGUGACCCAUAAAAAUGUUAGUAAGAGUUGGAACAAGUUCACUACUUGAAGAAGGAGACACGAUCGCCGGGACAAGAGCUUUAUUAGCCUGACGUUUCGGAUUCCUACUCGAAUCCAUCAUCAGAGACAAAAGAAUAGAAACGGGUGGUCGUUGCACAAGGGGCUGUGGUAUUUAUAGGGUGCAGUAGCCAUGCUGGUUGGCUGGCUUGUUAACAGGCUCAGCUGGUGCUCCUCUGCGUGUGUGGGCGUCGCAUGUCGAACUCGCGAGUUUACGCGAAACUUCCCGAGAUGGCCCUUCGCACGAAAGUGUGACCUCGUUGGAAGACGAGCCUGAUUACUUCAUGGCCUGUGCAGCAUCAUGUCUGCACUUUGACCGCCGCCAUUUGGCAGAGGUCACCGCGUUCCCGAAAUGGGGUGUCUGCAGUGCUGGUGACUUGCGGGUGAAUUAUUUUAUGAUGGGGCGGACAUGCGUAGCAUCUAUCUACCAGUGUCUACGCAAAGGAGACGAGAGAUGAAAUCUAACCGAUCCUGAAUUUUGGCAAGACCGUUCGUAAGUUAAGAAUGUCACGGAAGUCGUCAGUCGCCUUCUAACACCUCUCAGAAUUGGUGUUGCACACUGACCGGAGGCAGCCAAAAGGCACCAUAUCAUGAGACCGAAAGACACAUUGCCACGGCAAUCAUUUUUCGGAAUCCUUUACCGGAUCUGCAUUGGAGAAGCCUGGAAGACUAAUCCAGACGCGAAUGGUGACAACCGAGUGAGCCGUGAACCGCUCGAGUCAUGAUUGUCCGGUUCUCAAUCAAUCAACAAGCGCAACAACCUCCCCCGUACUUCAGUUUCAGUUGAUUUGAGGGAAACAUAGGUGUUGAGCCUUUGAACUCCCUAUUUGUUACAAGGAAGCAAAUUAUAUAAAAAACUUGAAAAUGGAAUCAUCAAAGAGCUACAGAAGUUUAUUAGAUUAGCAAAGAUUUCGAAACCAGACAGAUAAACGAAUUUUUCCAAGUGUUAAAAACAUUAACGUUAUUAAAGGUGCUGAACAGUUGUCUGUCUAUGCAUAAUUAGUGCUGUCUGAGUUUCUGAGGUAGAAGCAUUGAAGGCCAACUCUCAUAUCCAACGGAUCUGGGACAAUAAUAAAAAAGAAACUUUACUGAAAGAUAGGCAGUAAUAUAAUAACAUUAAUAUACUGCUCGAACGAAAUGCUUGCAUAGGCUUAGUCGCAGGGAGAGAGUGCGCAUGACCACGGUUGCGGUUGUCAACAUCGGCGGCCCAAAUUGCCCAGAGCUGAGCAAUAGCGCGCACAUUCAUCUCAGUGGUUAACUAGUUGACUGGCUAAUUCACAGACUCAGCUGAUGCUCAUCUGUGCGGACGUCGUAUGUCGAACUCGCGAGUUUACGCGGGACUUUUCUUGUUAGCUUGCAUUCUCGAAGAUAUACAAGGCAAAGCCACAAGCACUUAUCUUGUUUCGGUCUCGUCCUAGCACUUGAUAGUCAUCAGUUUGUAUCUCGCAGUCUUUGACAGAAGUGGAAUAGCGGCUGGUGUACGGGGUGAGAAAACAUGCUCAUCGGUGCAUUGAAACGCAAGUGCGCCGAACCUGGUCUACACCCACCCGCCGCCGACGCUCGCGUGAUGCUGUUCAUGGGUGUUUUCGAGGCGGCGCCUGACGCCGGCACACGGUUUGGGUUACUUCGUGCUAAAGGUUUCCUUCCAUGCAAAUUACCUGACCCAACCGGCAACCCGGCUUUUCACUGAACCGGACUGACUUUUGUAGGAGGCAUUCUUCACUGCAUAGAAUAGGGGUGGAGCCUCUGGCUGACUGUGCGUACUCUCCACCACACUCAGUCACUUGUGGUUUUCCUGUAUCUCAUCUACUGGUCGCUGACGAACAGGCUACUUAUCCCGCGCUAGGUACUGGUCAUUCUGCCGGUGUACCCAUUUCCCUUGGUUGCACUAUUUUGCGCCUUCCCUGGCGACGUCAGUAGUAAUAUCUCCGUGCGGUAGGCGAUCAUAGUGCUUCGAUUCUUGUGAGAUUGUCGGUUUUCCUACAGAAGGAGUCGAUACUCCCGUGUGAGAACGUCGCUUGCCGAGCUGUCGACUGUUCAUUAACUUUAGUCAAAAUGUUCAGGGAGUCUUUAGACGGAGAUGGUACGUGUGAACUCGUUGGGAGAGGAAAGUUACCCCUGCAUAUCUUGUCCAGGUAAGUAUCAUGUACAGUAGGUGGCCUUAUUCAUAAAAUGUCAACCGAAAUUCCAAAAUGUGUUUUCGUUUCGAAAACAAUUAAUUAAGUAGGGAUUUAACACUAGUCAGCCUCAACAUAAUUCUAUAAUAUUUCAGUUACCUUAGGAUGCCGGCUUUAAGAAUGAACUUCCUUCCGGCUGCAUGCAACAACUACAUUCUGUAAGAAAGGAUUACUUAUGUAGCAUGCAAUUUCCUCAUUGAUUUUCUAAGCCCUCAAAUACUCAUUUAUAUGUAAUGGAAAGCAUGCACAAAAAUAUUCAUUCUUCUGCGCCUUCGGCAAAUAAAACUACGUCUUCUUCUAACUUUAUACUCGAAGGAAGGGUAUAAUUUGGUUUUCAAACACUUUUCCGAUUCCCGAUUAAUUUUGAGCCCGCUCUACCGUUACACGUGCAUUCAGCGUUUACAUACUCCAAACCGUAUAUUUUCCGCGUACAAGAAACUACAUAUUUCUCUACGGUAAGAAAGGGGACCAUAUAUUUUUCAUAAAAUUUGACAGUGAAUUUGAUUCAUAUUGUUAACUUUACAAACCACAUUAGUAAAGGCAGAAACAAAAUGAUUUAUGAACGGCCAUUUCACGGUAUUUUAAAGUCCCACUUUUUAAAACCGAAUGAUGUCCUACCUUCGAAUAUAAAAUUAUGAGAAGACGAAUAUGCGAUAGAAUAAACAUUUUUAUUCAUGUUUUGCAUUAAAUAUAAUUGGACUUUUAGGAGCAUCGAAAAUCUAUGAGAAAAAAUGCCUGCUAAAUAAGCAGUCAUUUUUGCAGAGUAUGGAUUUUGCAUGCAGCCGGAAGGAAGUUCCUUCGAAAGCCGGCAUCCUGAGGUAACUGAAGUAUUAUAGAAUUAUGUUACAGGCUGACUAGUUUUACAACCCCACUUAAUUAGUCUUUUCGCAACGAAAACGAAUUACGGAAUUUCGGUUGACAUUUCAUAAGUUAGCCCAGCUACUGUACAUAUUAAUGCAGUUGGACUGAAAAUGCGAGCACUCGCAUACGUUCCUUGCGCCACAAUAUUGAGAAGUCUGAUGAGCCCCCUAAACGGGGUCUAGUUGGCAGUGUUAUAUUCAAAGUUAUGAGACCGUCGCCUGACAGAAACCACGCCAGCAGCAGCAGCAGCAGCAGCAGCAGCAGCAGCAGCAGCAGCAGCAGCAGCAGCAGCAGCAGCAGCAGCAGCAGCAGCAGCAGCAGCAGCAGCAGCAGCAGCAGCAGCAGCAGCAGCAGCAGCAGCAGCAGCAGCAGCAACAGCAGCAGCAGCAGCAGCAGCAGCAGCAGCAGCAGCAGCAGAUGCAGUAG